AUGGAAGAUUUUGGUAUAAUCGAAGCUGGAUUUAACAACGCAGAUGAAACUGUAAAUUUUGGUACUAGAUCAAUAGGAUAUGAUAGCUUAUAUGAAAUUUCUACCAGAGCUUGUCUAAAAUGUUCAGAAGAAACUACUGCAGUGGAAGAAGUUCAUAUUAAUUCUGUAGUUCAAACCGGUAAAGUUUUUUUGACCGUAAACAAGUCCAUAAAAGUUUUUGAAAAUACAGAAUUUUCUACAAUAAUUUUCAAUGCAGUUUUCGACUCAAUUAUUGAUACCAUUUGUAUUUCACCUAAUGGCAAAUUCUUGGUCAUUUGUCUUCAAAGUGGAAUGGUACAUAUAUUUGACAUGGAAGCUGAGAUAGAUAAUAAUUGUAUCUUUAGCAAACGUUUUAUAAAUAACGAGGGGACGGAUAUUUUAUAUAGAGCUAGUUAUUUGGAAUAUUUAACUAGUAAUUUUAUUACCUUCAUAAUAGUUUCUAAUAGAGGCAAAAUAUUUAGAGUGAAUCUUACUUUAAAAACUAAUACCGAUGAUAAUGAAUCGAAUAUUAGCACCACUGUGAACUGGGAAGAGAUUUAUGAUUUCAGUAACGCAAUAUAUACGACUUGUUUUUCAUAUCCUAUUCUAUUUGCAAAAACGAAAGAAAUGAAUAUUUUCAAUGUAGAAAAUGGUAUAGUCACGUCGGAUGUUAUCUAUAACUUAAAAACAGCAUGCAGCUUUGGGCAUAAAAUUUUGGCAUUAGAUGAAGACGGACAUCUCCUUAGGAUCUGUAGUUUAACGUUAUUAAUUUUUCCUGUGGAAAAUGUAGAAACUCUUUUUAACGAUAUGUUAAUGGUAAACGAUAAUAAUGGUAAGAAACAAAUCGUGGCGGUCACAAAGAAAAAUGAGCUAGGAGAGUCACAUUUACAAUUGCUCAAUUCAGAUUUCUCCGUGAUAUUUUCUUUAAAAAUAUCAAACCCGGUGCACCUCAUCCAACUAGAGAAUGUUAGCGACGAAACUUUAAUAUUGUCUAAAAUAUGUAACGGUGACGGGUUAAUAUCCGAACUGAGAGUUCAGUGCGUCUACGAAACCGAACCAGAACUGAGACUAACUAGACUUCUGAGAAAGCAGAGGUUCGAUGAGGCGGAAAAGUUUGCAGAAAAGCACCAUCUCGGUUCGAUGUUAAUACUAAAGGCUAGAGCGCAAGUAAUCAUUGAUAAAACAGUUUGCACUUCCGAUGAUGUUAAUAGAUUGAUUGAAAUAUUGGAGUCGAUAGAUGACGAUCAUUUCAAAUUGCAGUGCUGUUCUAAUGUCGAAUGCAACAGUUACGAGGACUUGAGGAAAAUUUUGAAUUACGGUUCUAUGAUAGUACCAAAAACUCAC